GCGUGAGGGGUGUGGCCAGCACUGGGGGCGGGGCUAGGCCAAGAUCGCUCUAGAAGGGGCAAACGAGAUGGGGCCUGCGAGUGGGGAUACGGUUUCCCUUUGGGGGCGUGGCUUGCGGGUCCUCGCUUUCCCGCCGACGGUUGGUCGCGUCACGUGACAUGGGUUGGAAGAUGGCGUCUCCCACAGAGGGGACGGAUCUGGAAGCAUCUUUAUUAAGUUUUGAAAAACUUGAUCGUGCCUCACCAGAUCUUUGGCCAGAGCAAUUACCAGGUGUUGCUGAAUUUGCAGCUUCUUUCAAAAGUCCUAUUACUAGCUCGCCACCCAAAUGGAUGGCUGAAAUAGAACGUGAUGAUAUUGACAUGUUGAAAGAACUGGGGAGCCUCACCACAGCUAAUUUGAUGGAGAAGGUACGAGGCCUACAGAACCUGGCCUAUCAGCUGGGGCUAGAUGAGUCCAGAGAAAUGACCCGGGGAAAAUUCCUCAACAUUCUAGAGAAACCCAAGAAGUAGCCCAGCUUGUGGACGGGAUGUCCCAGGGGCUGGAACCACGCUCCGCUCCCAGUGCAGCUCUGAUGAUGCGCACCUCACUGCUUCCUGGCGAGAGGCUGGAGGGUGCUCCUCCAGGGCUGACCCUCUCCCCUGUUCCUGGUACUCUGCGCUCUGAGGACAUUCGGCAGCAAGAGAAGAAUCUGUUCUACCCAAGGAUCAAUGCAGUUAUUCAGUCAGCUUCCAGACUUUGACCAUCUCCACCUCAGAUGCUGGUAACACCAGAGGGCAUAUCAUUCUUAAAGGUCAAAGUCCUGCUUUCUCGUUUCUGGAAGUGAUUCAGGAGCCCCAGGAUCUUACAGUUGAUUUGAUUCAGUGAUGGCAAAGUCCGUUGUGACAGUGAUUGCAUGAGUUGUACUUGAUCUCUUAGGGAGUAUUUAUGAUGCAAGGAGCCCAGAGACCAAUUAGAUUCUGGACCAGACCAUGCAGGUUGACCUGUGAACUCUCCAGUAUAUACUAGGUUCUAAGAAUCCCCAGCUGGAGAAACCAGAAUCUUCUAGAAAUGAUGCCUGCUUUUAAAAUUCUACACCUCUCAUGGUAGUCCCAUACCCUAAGCCUCCCAUUCCCUACCUCCUAGCUCCCACCAUCCAUGCUGACUCCAGAGAAGGGGAUCCUUGCAUGUCAAGUCCCUCCUGGGAGUAGUUUGUGUAGUGAAAGGCCGUGCACAGUUGCAUUAGACCUCAAGACCAAUUUAAAGGUGACAGAAAGGACUUUUGAGUUCUAGUUAAGCUGUUACAGAUUCAAGCGAGACAGUUAGUAUGGCCUGAAGAUAGGAAAAGGGGGUUGACUGGAGGAGUUUGAUUUAAUUAACAACUAGAAACUCUGAUGGACCUUACAGGAAUGUGCGUGCUGUCAGAU